GAGAAAUAUAUAACUCGCAUAUGAGAAAUAAAGAAGUCAUCCAUUAAAACAAAACAAUCCUCAGUCAGUCAGUAGUCAGAAGUGUCGUUGUUCGUUUUCCGAAGUUUACGUCGAAUUCUGUCAUCCAAUUAUAAACAUUUUUAAACAGCUUCAACAAUGUCGGAACGUAAAGUACUUAACAAGUACUACCCCCCUGAUUUUGACCCCUCCAAGAUCCCCCGGAUGAAAUUGCCAAAAAACAGACAAUACACUGUACGUUUAAUGGCUCCGUGCAACAUGCGAUGCAAGACUUGUGGUGAAUACAUUUACAAAGGAAAGAAGUUCAAUGCACGCAAAGAGGAUGUGGAGGGUCAAGACUAUCUUGGCAUCCGCAUUUACCGCUUUUACAUAAAGUGCACUCGUUGCCUUCAAGAAAUCUCAUUCAAAACAGAUCCUCAAAACACUGACUAUGAAAUUGAAGCUGGUGCUACAAGAAAUUUCAUGGCUUUAAAAUUGGCUGAAGAACAGGCACAAAGAGAAGAAGAUGAAAGGAAAGAAGAAGAAGCAACUAAUCCCAUGAAGCUGUUAGAGAACCGAACUCAGCAGAGCAAGCAAGAAUUAGAACUGCUUGAAUCUCUUGAAGAGUUAAAAGACCUCAACAGAAGGCAGCAGUCUAUUGAUUAUGAUUCUAUGCUUAUAAAGUAUAAUGACAAAGAGGCACUCGCAAGAUUGAGACAGAGGCAAGAAGAGGAAGAUGAAAAAAUGGUCCAGUCAAUUUAUGGAGGCUCAAAUAAAGCUAAAAGAGUUAUAGAAGAGGAAAUUAUAGAGGAUGUUGACAAUUCAGAAGCAUUCCAAGGCUCAGCAAGUGAACCACCAAAGAAACAGCUCAAAACCUCUUCUACUGCAUCAAGUUCAAGUGCUGCCCCAGCAGUUAAAGAGAGGGUGAACAUUCCUUCUAAAGCAACACCAGCCAGUUGGAACAAAAGUGUAGGUUUGAUGAAGAACCACUCAGGUCUUGCAGGCCUUGUACGCAAAAAGGGAAGUGGCGCAACUUCUUUGGAAUCAGUCCCAGCCUCAGCUAGUGGCUUAACAAGUAUAAACUCCAAAAAGUCCUUAUCUGAUUCUUCAACAACUUCAACCUCUAUGCCCAAAGCGCCACUAGUAUCAAGUGGUCUAUCUCUGUUAGGUUCAUACUCUGGAAGUGAAAGCGAAAGCGACAAUUAAGUGGUAAUUGUCUUUUAAUCGCAUGCUUUGUUGGUAAGCGUUGUAAAUGCACAUUUAUGAAAAAUUAAAUAUACAGAUCACAUGUUAUCUUUAAUGUUACUUACACAUAAUAAAUCAGGUACAAGUCACAAAAUCAAUAACUUCAGAAUACUUGUCUGAAGAAAAGAUUUUUACCACCUCUAAUGCAUGUACUAUACUAAAUUAAGACUGCAAUAAAUAUCACAAUUAUAA